AUGACAGACACUAAGGCAAUCAUUGCCACAGCCACAGUGCUAUACGGCAAAAUCUCGCGCGCGUACGAGAACCUUCGGAAGCUCGGCGAGGCCAAUAUCACCCUCGGCGCGGUGGAGGCCCGGCUUCAAAACCUCGAGAAGCUGUGGGAGAAAUUUGACACAAUUAACGACACUUUAGCCGAUCGUGUGGACGAAAUACGGCAUGAGGUGUACGCCAAACAAGAUAUCCCUUCGUUGGGCGAGGAGGCUUACCUGCAGAACAAGGGCCUCAUGCUCGAUCUGAAGAGCGCUCUCCAACGACAAGAGCAUACAUCCAGACCAAGUUCGGCAGCGACACCGGCCGCCGCUCCUCGGACCGCAUUGCCUAAGAUUCAACCGCCGACCUUCACCGGGAAGUACGAAGACUGGCCUUCGUUCCGAGACCUCUUCCAGUCCAUCAUUGGCAGGAACCAGGCAGCCAGACCUGUUGAGAAAUUACAUUAUCUCAAACUCUGUGUCAAGGGUGAUGCGGAGUUACUGAUACGCAACCUGAACACUACGGAGGAAAACUACGAAAUCGCUUGGAAGACGCUAAGCGAUUUUUACGAGAACGCAAGGCUGUUAACCCGAAACUACCUCAACAACUUCCUGGCGCUUCCUAAGAUGAAGAGCGAAUCCGCAGUGGAACUGGGGCGACUCUUUCACGGCGUAAAAACCACAGUCAGCUCGCUGAAGAGUAUCGAUCGUCCCAUCGAUCGCACGGAGGACCUCUUUGUGCAUCUGGUCGUCGAGCUCCUCGACAAUCGUUCUCGUCGGGAAUGGGAGAGCGUCAUCAGUCACACGACCAACCCGCCUACUUACGCCGAGCUGGAAGCCUUCAUCGAGCGACGGCUUCAUACUUUGGAGGCACUGUUUCCAGCCAAGAACGACAGCCGCAACCUUAGCAGUGCAAAAACAACUCGGAGCCAUCACGUGAAGAAAGCUGAAACGAAGGAUAGAUCCAGAAGUCGGUGCGCCGAUUGCCAGGGCGACCACUUCAUAAUGUUUUGUGGCAAAUUCAAGGAGAAGACGGCUACGGCCCGCAGGCAGUUUGUCAACGAUCAAAAUCUCUGCUCAAACUGCCUGGGUCGACACCAGCUUUCGGAAUGCUCAUCAAAAAAGACUUGCACGACGUGCGGCAGUCGGCAUCACUCCUCGCUGCACGACGCCUUCUGCAACGCCAAGACCGCCACAACGUCACACUUAGCGCAAGGAUCUCAUCCGGCCUCUGUCACGGUGUUGCUCGCCACAGCUCGCGUCCGCGUCCUCGAUGGCCACGGAUCCUGGCAUUCCGCCCGAGCGCUGAUCGACCAGGGCUCAGAGUCUUCCAUCAUAUCGGAGCGAUUGGUUCAGCGACUGCGACUGCCUCGCAUGCCCGCCGCCGUCAGCGUUUAUGGACUCGGCGAGAAAAAAACGGGAGUUGCAAAGGGUAAGGUUCAGCUUACUUUUAGAGCGCACAACGGCGACCAGUCCAACUCCGUCGCCGCCUUGAUCCUGCCGAAGCUCACUCUCUUCGCCGGAGGAUGCCGCCAAAGUCUGCAGUCCUGGACCCAUCUUAAGGACCUGGAGCUCGCCGAUCCAGAAUUCCGUUCCGCGGAUCCAGUAGAUCUUCUGCUGGGCGCCGACGUCUACGGAGUAAUCAUCCGCGAGGGCCUAAAAAAGGGGAGUCAUCAGGAACCAGUGGCACAGCAGACCUCACUAGGAUGGAUACUCUCAGGCACCAUCAAUGAGAAUGCACGCGGCCAUCGUGUUGCAACUCACCAUUGCCAAAUCGAGGAGGACAUCACCUGCUUGGUUCGGCGGUUCUGGGAGCAGGAGGAAGUUCGUAGGCCAUCUCCGAUCCUCACCAAGGCCGAACUGGAGUGCGAAGAGCACUAUCGCCGACAUCAUACUCGCUCUCCAGACGGCCGGUAUAUCGUGCGCCUGCCCACUAUUGACUCUCUGCCGGACCUCUCAGGAACAAUCCGCGCUGCCCGCCGAGCGCUGCAACACACAGAGAAAAAGUUUGAGAGAGACAGCGAAUUUCAAGGUAUGUACGUGGAAUUCAUGCGGCAAUAUUUGAACCUGCGACACAUGAGGCCUGCUCCGUCGUCAACUGAAUCGCAUCCGGGGGCUUGCUACCUGCCUCAUCACGGGGUAUUGCGUCCGGACAGCUCAUCAACCAAACUGAGGGUCGUCUUCAACGGCUCGAGCUCCUUGCCGAACGGAGACUCCCUCAAUAGAUAUUUAGCAACUGGUCCGAAUCUACUGCCUUCGCUAGCCGACAUCCUGCUGCGCUGGCGACGUCAUCGCUACGUCUUCGCGACUGACAUCGAAAAGAUGUAUAGGCAGAUACUGGUGCACCCCGACGAUCAAAACCUGCAAAGGAUAUUGUGGAGAGGGAACGCCAAGGACGAAAUCAAGGAGUACUGGCUAAGUACCGUUACUUACGGUCUAUCCUGUGCUCCUUAUCUAGCGAUCCGCACUUUACGACAACUAGCCGAGGACGAAGGACAUCGCUACCCGAAAGGAGCCCUCAUCCUGCUGAGCGACGUCUACAUGGACGACAUCCUGGCCGGUGCGGAGACCAUGGAGGAAGCCGAAGUAAUGCUGCAACAGCUGACUGAGAUCUGCAGGGCGGGCGGCUUCUCACUUAAAAAGUGGUCGGCAAACCACUCGCUCCUGCUGAACGCAGUGGAGCCCGACGACCGUCUUCGACGAGAGGCCAGAUGGUGGCUGCCCGGCGAGAGUCACUCCACUCUCGGUUUACGCUGGCAACCACGUGACGAUCGCUUCGCUUUCGCAACCAAACUGACCACGCUGUCGACCUUCACCAAAAGGUCGGUAUUAUCUUUGACGGCGAAAAUGUUCGACCCUCUCGGCUGGCUGGCCCCAACAACGGUAUUAGCCAAGAUCUUCAUCCAGUCCACCUGGUUGCUAGGUCUUGAUUGGGACGCUCCGCUACCCAGCGACGACGAGAGAAGAUGGCUGCGAUUCCAGAACGAGCUGCCUGCUUUGGAAAACGUGCUCGUACCUCGAUGGCUGGGAGGUUUGACUGAUUCACAGCUGGAAAUCCACGGGUUCGCCGAUGCCUCAGAGCGUGCCUACUCAGCGGUGCUAUACCUGAGGACAGAAACAAAGGGUCUUAUUAAGGUGGCACUCUUAGCUGCAAAAACUAAGGUCGCGCCCUUGAAGCAAGUAUCACUACCUCGGUUGGAGCUGUCGGCCGCCACUCUUCUGGCUCGUCUAGUCGCCCACACCGUACCGAUCAUCGGAGCAGCCAAGGCACCUCUUCACAUGUGGUCUGAUUCCACCGUCACGCUUGGUUGGAUCCGUGGGCAUCCCUCGAUGUGGGCCACCUAUGUAGCUAAUCGAGUCAGCGAGAUCCAGAUGCUGAUCCCGGACGCCCACUGGCAUCACGUACCAGGUCGGGAGAACCCAGCAGACUGUGCUUCCCGGGGACUCUACCCUAGCGAACUGGUUGACCACCCGCUCUGGUGGCAAGGUCCCGCAUGGCUGACAGAGGAGAGCGGUACUUGGACGACGAAUAGCGAGGCGAUGCCAGCGGAGGACCUCCCAGAGAGACGAGUCCGGACCCACAUCGCCGCCGUUACCGAGCUGAAGCCCGAAUCGGAGUUACUGCUGCGCUACUCCUCGCUGAAGCGACUGCUACGGAUCUCGGCUUGGUGCCGCCGCUGGUUGCUGAUUCACCGCCAGCACCGCCAUGCGCAAGGCCAGCCUAGCGUGAUCAGCUCCGACGAACUGACGGAGACCCGCAUCUCCUGGGUAAGGUUGAUCCAAUCUAAAACCUUUACAGAAGACAUUAGAAAGCUGCAAAAUGGAGCGGCUCUGCCGUCGCGAAGCUCCCUACAGAAACUGAACCCAUUCCUGGACAGCGAGGGACUUCUACGAGUCGGCGGGCGCCUCAGACACGCAAACCUACCGUACGACGCAACUCACCCGCCAAUACUGCCCAGCGAGUCGGCUUUCACUCUCCUCGUCGUAGAUGAUCACCACCAGCGAACUUUACACGGCGGUACUCAGAUGACCUUGUGCUCCCUGCGCCGGGAGUAUUGGGUCCCUCGAGGUCGGUCGUUGGUGAAGAAACACAUCAGCCGAUGUGUAAGGUGCACAAGAUGGCGAGCCGCCAUCCCACAGCCUCUCAUGGGCGAUCUCCCGGGGCCAAGGGUCACACCAAGCAGGCCAUUUCUGCACACCGGCGUCGACUACGCCGGUCCGGUUUGGCUGAGGACCUCGAAGGGCCGCGGACACAAAGCUACUAAAGGGUUCAUUGUGGUUUUUGUAUGUUUAGCCUCCCGAGCCGUUCACCUCGACGUAGCCUCGGACUACUCCGCCGACGCCUUUAUCGCAGCCUUGCGCCGGCUCAUCUCAAGGCGAGGGGUCUGCAUCAGCUUAUACAGCGACUGCGGUACCAACUUCGUGGGUGCUGACAGGCAGCUAAACUCUCUCUUCUCCGCCGCCAGUGCCGACGGACGCCGCAUCGCCUCAUUCGCCGCACAGGAGAAGAUCCAGUGGCAUUUCAACCCACCGGCGGCACCGAACUUCGGCGGCUUGUGGGAAGCCGCGGUUAAAUCGAUGAAGCACCAUCUGCGACGAGUCAUCGGUGAUGCGACCCUCACCUACGAGGAGCUGGCUACGCUCCUCUCGCAGAUAGAGGCUUGCCUCAAUUCACGACCGCUGCAGUCCUUGUCCGAUGAUCCUGAGGACGUCGCAGCUCUCACACCGGGGCACUUCUUGAUCGGUUCCGCUCUCUCCGCAGUACCGGAGCCGUCGCUCGAACGAGAGCCGUCGACCCGACUAUCACGCUGGCAGCUCCUGCAACAGAUGAGGGACCAUUUCUGGUCUCGGUGGUCCAGCGAAUACUUACAUACGCUGGCCCAUCGGCCAAAAUGGUCCCAAGUCAACCAGGAGGCUCACGUCGGGCGUCUGUGUCUACUCCGCAGCGAAACCACCCCACCAACGCGGUGGCCGCUCGCGCGCAUCACUCGGCUGCAUCCCGGAUCCGACGGCCACGUGCGCGUCGUCGAUAUACGUACCGCGAGUACGAGUUUAACGCGCCCCGUCAGUAAACUUGUGUUCCUGGGCGGCGACCACGAAACUUUACGAUAA